GCGGCCGGCCGGGCGGUGGGAGCGCGCGGGAGCGCACGGCGGGGCGCGGCAAACGGUGGGACGCGGUGCACGGAGGACGCGGCCCGGCGCCCAUGGCGUUCGCGCUGCUGCGCCCCAUCGGCGCGCACGUGCUGUACCCGGACGUGCGGCUGCUGAGCGAGGACGAGGAGAACCGCAGCGAGAGCGACGCCUCCGACCAGUCUUUCGGCUGCUGCGAGGGCCUGGAGGCGGCGCGGCGCGGCCCCGGCCCUGGGGGCGGGCGGCGGGCAGGGAGCGGUGCGGGCCCGGUGGUGGUCGUGCGACAGCGGCAGGCAGCCAACGCGCGGGAGAGGGACCGCACGCAGAGCGUGAAUACAGCCUUCACGGCGCUGCGCACGCUCAUCCCCACCGAGCCGGUGGACCGCAAGCUGUCCAAAAUCGAGACGCUGCGCCUGGCGUCCAGCUACAUCGCACACCUGGCCAACGUGCUGCUGCUGGGCGACGCGGCCGACGACGGGCAGCCGUGCUUCCGUGCGGCCGGCAGCGCCAAGAGUGCAGUCCCCGCCGCCCCCGACGGCGGCCGCCAGCCCCGCUCCAUCUGCACCUUCUGCCUCAGCAACCAGCGCAAGGGGGGUAGCCGUCGUGACCUGGGGGGCAGCUGCUUGAAGGUGAGGGGGGUGGCCCCCCUUCGAGUGCCAAGGAGAUGAACCCGGACUCCUCUGGCAUUUGUUCCAAGCAGGACCCUGAAGAAGGAGGCCAGAAGCCAGCCACUGGUUGAACAGGGGAGAAGACCCCAGGGGCCAAACGCAGCCUUCCUUUGUAUAGGGACCAGAGGACAAUGGCCUGGGCCCAUGACCCUCUGGGCAGGCCCCCUGGGACAUCUCCACCCACCCCUGGAGAGCAGUGAGGACCCAGCCAGCCAGCCCCGGCCCUGGCUGGUCAGAGACAAGGCAGAACUUUCAAAAACACAAAGCUGUUAGUGACAGAGGAAGUGUGCAUGUCUGCAUGAGUGUGGGUGUGUGUGUGAAAGAGAGAAAGAGAGAAUUGAUGGGUUUAAAAUAAAAGAUAUUUUUAAAUAAAAGAUGUUCCCAGAUGAAGAAGGGAGGGUCUCAGGGACAUGAGAGGUCAGAGGUGGCCCUUCCCCUCCACUUUGGCAGAGACACAGAUGUCACAGGUGCUGCUUGGGACCCUGGAGGGGCUGCAGCUGGGGAAAGCAGGGUGGCACCCUCUCCAAAAGUCAGAAUAAGCACACUUUCCUCCCAGUCUCCUUGAACUACUGUGAGGGGCCUGGUGCAGUUUUGAAAGAAAUCAUAAUUUUAUUUAUUUUUGAAGAGGAAUAUAUUCAUUUACCUGGUUCAAAACUCAAAGGUACAGGAGGCUAUCUGGUGACAUCUCCCUCCCUCAUGUCCUCCAGCCACCAGUUCUUCCUGCAGGCCUCACCAAUAGAUUUUUUUGACAUGCCCAUUCCCUAUGAAUAACUAAGCAAAUCCAGAAAUACAUGCUUUCUUACACUCUUCACAUGGUUGGUAGCACAUUGCACAUGCUUUCUGUUCCUUCCUUUUUUUCCUAACCUUGCCUGACUGUCAUCUCUGGUCAGUACACAGAGGUAAAGGGUAUCCUCAGUCCUUGAGUAGCUGCUUGUGCCACUUUUGUGAGUGCCCCACACUGUAGGCCAUGCCUUGUCCAUGUCCUCACAGACAUGGCUACAUAGGUGUGCCUUUUUCCUCAUAUGGAAGCGAGGGUGUGCUCAUGGGAUAUUCUUAACCUAUUUUAGCUGAGAUGAUUUGGAAGAACAGUGACUCCCAAAGGUACAUGGCUGGCAUGUGGCAGGACGAGGAUGUGAGGUUUGUCUUCCUUUAAAGCCUUCCCCUCCCUUGGAGAUGCCCCAGACGGAGUGCCAGCCCCCAGGACCCCGGUUAUCCUCCCAGUAGCCCUGGGAGAUGGGGCUGAUGUUUCCCUGUUUUGCAGAGUCAAUCAAUAUGGUGAUGGCAACAGCCGUUCAGUGGAGCCAGGAGUUCUUGGCUGUCCAGCUGGGACUCUGUUUCUGGGAAGCCAGGAGCAGAGAUGCUUGGGAGGCUGGAGGAAGGGAGGAAAAAGCAUGGAGAGGGACCAGGUGGCAGCAGAGCCAGGUAGCCACCUUUUCUUCAAGGCACCCUCAUAUGCCUAUUUUUAAAAUGUAUAUAUCUAACAAAGUUUUAUUUCAUGUUUGCUGAUUGAAGCCUGGCUCCAGCAUCCAUGCUCAUAUCCAUUCUGCUCUGCCAACCCCCGCCCUUGACCCUCAGAACCUGAAGCAGGG